CGGACAAGGAGGAGGGCGGCGGUUUCCAUGGCGAUGGAAGAUGGCGCCCAGGGGCCGGCAGCGCUCCUCGGCCCCGCUGCAGGUGCUGCUGUUCCUCAACGGCUGGUACAGUGCGACCUACUUCCUGCUGGAGGCCUUCGUCUUCGUCUACAAGGUGCUGCUGCUGCCCUAUCCGGUCACCAACCUGGUGCUGGACGUGCUGCUGCUCUGCAUGUACCUGGGGACCGAGGCCACGAGAAUCUGCUUCGGCUCCAAGGGCAACCUGUGCCAGCGGAAGGUUCCCCUCUGCAUCAGCCUGGCCCUGACAGUGCCAGCGGCAGUCAUGGCAGUGUAUUACCUGCUGCUGCAGACCUAUGCCCUGCGCCUCGAAGCCAUCCUCAACGCCAUCCUCCUCCUCUUCUACGCCCUGGAGCUGCUGCUGGGCAUCCUGGCACUCAUCUCCUUCUCCAGCACGGAUUCAUACUGAGGCCCUGUGCCAAAGGACGGGCUGCAGGAGGCACUGGGUGCUCAGCACCCUCAGUUGGGUGUCUGUCCAUCAGCCCCCCCCCGCUGCCCCCCAGGAUGAGCACAGCAGCUCCAGGUACAGAGAAUUCCUAUUUUUUUGCUACCUUCUCACAAGAAUUCCCUAUUUUCCAAUAAAUGGUUAUUUUUA